UCACAAGGACGGAAUACGAUAAUGUCGAAGAUCACCGGUUGGCACGUGAACCGACUACACUUCUGGGUCUAGCCCGGUCCCCGGCCUCGUUGGAUGAGAAAGGCACGGCUCCGCGUUGGCGCACACGAGGGAUGCUCUGUACGCCGUUCACGGUUGCGCUCGUAUAUUAGGUCGUCCCACGGCGCGCUCCUGGGAUAUGCGGUGCGGGGAGGGUGCUGUUCUAAGCGCCGCUGGCGGGCACUCCAAUCCGUGGGUAGCCUUUUGCAGACGGACGUCGGUCAGCCUGGUCGGAUGUCGGGAUCUAUGGGGAUACUUCCGGGGCGGAUUCCCCAAAAGAAAAAUCGUGUAUGCAGGGAGAAGGGUGAGGCGAAAAGCGCCUGCCAGCCUGUCAGUGAUAAGGUGAGGGUCAUGGAAUCUCCUUACGCCCACGGCGGCAGUGGGAGAACGGGAUACACUAAGAAAUUAGUGCCGGCCGCGGCAGGAAACGGGGAUGCGAGCAGCCUAUUCCAUCUCCACGGCCAAUCGCCUUCGACCUACCCUAGGGGGCCAUGCUACCGUAACCGCCGCCAUCAGAAGUCCCGUCCAGACCGACUUUUUUCUUUUCUGAGCUUCGGGGUUGCCAUGUGCUCGUCGCCGAUGCCCGCACUACGAAAAACGUCGUCAUCGCGACCGGGGUCGUUAUACCUGGCCGCGUACGCGGAUCUGCCAGAUCAUAUAUCAUAUUUCUUAGAGGGGAGAGCCUAAUGCUGCAAAGCAUCGGCCGAGUCGAAUGCAAGGAUCUUUACGCCGCAGCGCAUGACGGGCUCGAGAAGUUAUAGUCGGUGAAGCGAGGACUGCUCAUUCCCCGACGCCGAAUCGAGGGCCAGGUCCGAAAAAGAAAAGGAGGAAAGCCUGGUCU